AUGGAGGACGAAUUCCUCGUCGAACCCAGAAAGGUCCUGAACCCUACCGAGUUCCAGAACUUUGUCUUGAAGGAGAAGAAUGAGAUCUCUCACAACGUCGCUAUCUAUCGCUUUGCCCUGCCUCGCCCCACCGACAUCUUGGGUCUGCCCAUCGGUCAACACAUCUCUCUCGCCGCUACCAUUGAAGGCCAGCCCAAGGAGGUUGUGCGCUCUUACACCCCCAUCUCCUCCGACAAUGAGGCUGGAUACUUUGAUCUCCUCGUCAAGGCCUACCCUCAGGGUAACAUUUCCAAGUACCUGACCACCCUGAAGAUCGGCGACAACAUGAAGGUGCGCGGCCCCAAGGGUGCCAUGGUGUACACCCCGAACAUGUGCCGUCACAUUGGUAUGAUCGCCGGAGGAACCGGUAUCACCCCCAUGCUGCAGAUCAUCAAGGCCAUCAUCCGCAACCGCCCCCGCAACGGUGGUAAUGACACCACCCAGGUGGACCUGAUCUUUGCCAACGUCAACCCCGAGGAUAUCCUGCUGAAGGAAGAACUGGAGCAGCUCGUCAAGGAGGAUGACGGCUUCCGUGUCUACUAUGUACUUAACAACCCCCCUGAGGGCUGGACCGGUGGUGUUGGAUUCGUUACUCCUGACAUGAUCAAGGAGCGCCUCCCUGCUCCGGCCCAGGACAUCAAGAUCAUGCUGUGCGGCCCCCCUCCCAUGAUCAGCGCCAUGAAGAAGGCGACCGAGUCUCUUGGAUACACCAAGGCUCGCCCUGUCAGCAAGCUCGAGGACCAGGUGUUCUGCUUCUAA